GUCUAUGUGCAAUAAACAAACAAAUAACGAACAUUUAUAUUGUUAUUGCCAUUGAUGGGUGUAAAGUAUUGUUUUUGUUGCUUAAACAAUUAGACGCGGUGGCUGUUUACUGUUAAAUGUGCGUCUAAGGCGGCAUAAGAAUGGGAAUGCGGCAGCGUUGCGCAUGCGUCUGCAAAUAUUUGUUGUUGUUGUGCGGCAAGCUAUAGCAGCAGCAGCACUAACAACAACUACGACUACUCAACUGCGCAAUUUUUCACGCGUUGGACCUGCGACAGCCUCCAAUGUUGUGGUAGUGGACAAGGCUAAAAAAUAUAAAUACGCAAAGCCACGCUACACCCAUACUUAUACACAUACAUAUCUGUGUAGACAGCCCGCUGUAAGCUCUACUGCGACAACAACAAAAACUUGCAACCACAGGGACAUUUACAAUUGAGCGUCUCUCUGCUAAAAAAGGAACAACAAAAACCGGAGUAAAGCGAGCUUCAUUAAAAAUAAAGCAACAGCAGUUGAGAAUAGCAUGGCGUCGAGGUCAUAGACACGCAACUUGUAAAGCAGAAGAAAAGACAAUAGACGUACACAAAAAAUUAAAGGCAAACGACAAAACAGGAACUAAAAUGUCCGGCAAUCAACAUCAGCAGCAACUACUUCAACAACAACAACAACAGCAGCAGCAACAGCAACAAAAGACACUAAAUGGCAAUUUAAACACAGCAGCAACAGCAACAGGAGCGACUACAAACAAUUUGGGCACAAAUUUGAUAAAAAUUAAUAGCACCGCAGGCAACAGUGACAAAAUUGUACACAAAACAACGCAUGCAAUUAGUAAGCAGCAACAGCAACAGCAACCACAACAACAAUUUCAGCAAAGGCGUUCAUUGCUACCAUCAACAACAACAACAGCAACAGCAGCAGCGCAACACUCAACGCAACAACAAAGCGUAACGACAUCACAGUCGCAGUCACAUCAGCUACAAACUGUAGCCACAAUACAUCAGCAACACUCGGCCCAGGCACAACAACAGCAGCAGCAGCAACAUUCGCAGGCACAGCAACAACAACAACAGACAACCCACUCACGUCUUCCCAUACAGCAGUCGUCGCCACAGGCUAACAGCAACAGCAACAACAACAACAACGUCGGAAAGGAGGCGACAGCAGCACCCACAAACGGUCACGGACACGCCCACCAUUCACAGCUGCCACACACGCGUCGCAGCUUCUAUCAACUGCAACAGCAGCAACAGCAGCAGCAAACGCUUAAAGCGCCCAGCAACAGCAACAACAACAGCUCGGCUCCGCAUUUAAAAGCGCCCGCUCAUUCUAUACCACCUCGCUACCAACCACCUCCCCAACCGGGCGGCGGUGGCGGCGGGGUCGGGGGCGGCAUAUUAAAAGCGCCCAGCAGCAACGGUCUCGGCAUCGGGGCAACACACUUGCCACUAAAGUAUCCGCCGGAUAUACCACAGUUAUCCAGCGUCUAUAUACCCGAUUCGGUCAAGGCGCAUCAGCAGCAGCAACAACAACAGCAGCAGCAUCGCUACUUGCAUCAGUCCAAAGACAUGCUCAAGUUUGUCCGCAAGCCCGAUCAGGAACAUCCCUCGCCCAACGCUUCGGUCACGUCCAGUGGGACGGGCAUACCGACAGCGAAUGCAGGGCGUCUCACAGCGGAACAGAAUCGUCAAUUGCAGUCCCUGGUAAAUGAGCUCCGCGCGCUGAAGGAACAAAAUCAGCGUCUGCUGGAUGACAACCAGGAGUUGCGCGAUUUGUGUUGUUUCCUAGACGAUGAUCGGCAGAAGGGACGCAAGUUGGCACGCGAAUGGCAACGCUUUGGACGCUAUACGGCUAGUGUAAUGCGUCAGGAGGUGGCGGCCUAUCAGAACAAACUACGUCAGCUGGAUGACAAGCAGCAGGAGCUGAUCACUGACAACUUGGAGCUGAAGGAACUCUGCCUUUAUCUGGAUGAGGAGCGAGCCCAUGUGGCGGCCAAUGCGCUCUGCGCCAGCUGUGGAACUGCCACACGCAACGCCUUGCGCGAUGAUGGCGAUGGCUCCAGUUCGAGCACCAAUGCCGAUGAAACUAUCACAGCAUUGCGCAACUAUGCGGAACAGAGACAACUGCCGCAAGAUCUGCGAAAUGUCAACACGCUGAACGAUCAGACGUUGCAAUAUGUGCGCUCCCUAGAGCGACGCAUUCAACAAUUGGAAGAGGAGAGAGUGGUCAGCACGCCGACGGCCAAUUUACAGCAGCAACAAUCGGCACAACCACAGCAACAACAACAGCCCUUGCCACAACUGCCGGCUAAGCUUGCGCAAUCGGCAGCGCAGCAGCAACAACAGCAGCAGCAGGAUUUAAGCAAUGCAGUGGCCGCUGCGGCAGCCGCUGCCGCCCAAUUGCCACUUCCCGAGCCCAUUGCCGGCCGCCCCGAGGCUGUGGUGCGGGCUCUUCAAGUGUUGGAGGUGCGCGAGCAGCUGGAGCGAGAUCGGUUGGGAAAUCUGGCGGGCAGCGCCAUCGAUCAAAUGGACGAUGGUGAGAAGGCGCUGGUGCGCGAAAUGUGCAACGUGGUGUGGCGUAAGCUGGAGGGCAGCCCCCAUGCAGCAAACGCUGCUCUGGAGCAGCUCUAAGCAACUUUGGGGCAACAACAACAUCAAAUAGAAAACAACGCAACUAACUUGGCUAACAUUUAGAACUUAGAAUGUUUUAUGCUAAUUUAUGCCGUAAUAUUUAACACCCCUAAUAUAUACAUUGUACAAAGUUUAAACUACUAUAUGGCUAAGCUAAGCGCUUUAUCUAAACACAGAACAAAAGUAAUACUCGAAUGUUUUUUUUAUUAUCUACUUUAAUCUAUAA